GUUUUAGCGCAUACUUUCACGGCUUGGCUUCCUCUCCCAUUUAGGGUUUUAGAGCGGCCUCGUCCUCCUGGGCUAUACCCCUCUUCCAAUCAAGCUUCACAACCAUCGAUUCCCUUAAAUCGAAGACCUAGCGCUCUGUUACCAUGGACCGUUACCAGAGAGUCGAGAAGCCGAGGCCCGAAUCCGCCAUUAACGAGAACGAGAUCCGGAUCACCACCCAGGGCCUCAUUCGCAACUACAUCAGCUAUGCCACCAGCCUUCUUCAGGAAAAACAUUUGAGAGAAAUUGUGUUGAAGGCAAUGGGACAGGCAAUAAGCAAAGCUGUAGCGAUUGCUGAGAUUUUAAAGAAGAGGAUUCCUGGAUUGCACCAAGAUACUAGUAUUAGCUCUGUCAGUAUUACUGAUGUUUGGGAACCAAUUGAGGAGGGCCUUGUUCCAUUGGAAAUGACUAGGCAUGUCUCAAUGAUUUCAGUUUCUCUUUCAACCAGGCAGUUGAACAAGAAUUCUCCUGGGUACCAGCCUCCCUUGCAUGUAGAACAGCCAAAACAACAACAGAAAUAUCAGCAACCUCAAUAUUUUCAUCAACAGCAGCAACCAAGACAACCACCAGCUCAAUUUAUUGAUGAUUCAUAUGCUCGAGGACGUGGUCGAGGUAGAGGAAGAGGAAGGGGUUGGGGAAGAGGUGGAUAUGGUGGAUAUGGAGGAUAUGGAGGACAUGGUGGAUAUGCAAACAAUCAGGGAUAUUCAAAUAACCAAGGCUAUGCAAACAAUCAAGGCUAUGCCAACAACCAAGGAUAUGCAAACAAUCAAGGCUAUGCAAACAAUCAAGGCUAUGCCAACAACCAAGGUUAUCCAAAUCACCAAGAAAAUGGUGGCUGGAAUAAUAAUUGGGGUCGCGGUGGUGGCCGUGGAAGAGGAGGCUGGGAUUAUCGUGGCACUGGAUAUGAACGAGGCAGGGGAGGCGGUGCGAGAGGCUAUGUUCGUGGCCGAGGCAGGGUGGGUGGCCGUGGGAGGGGAGUUUAUGCCUAGCAAUAUAGAGUAUCUCUAGUUUGGGCUUCAAAAAAAGAAAAAAAAAAGAAAAAAGAGGUGAUCUAAGAACUUUCUUGCAUCAUAUUUGAGAUAUUGCGCUAUCGUUUGCUAAGGUUUUCUUGCUAAGGGUGAUGAUUUUAUUUCCAGUCUUAAUUGCAGAAUAUUAAGCCCCUGUUUGCUCUUAUAUUUGUCUCCAUGGGUUUGGAAAGCAUUAAAAGCAUAUGUAAUGGGUUUGAUCUUUAUCCCCCAUCACCUUUUAUUAGUUUUUCCCUCCCUUGCCUGUAUCUAGUGUCAAUUCCAUAUGUGUAUACUGCUAGAAUUUUAAUGUUUUAACUGCCGUGCUUUAUUUGUUGAUUGUUUA